AUGGACAGCUUCCUGGAGGCGCUCAACAGGCUAAAGGACACGCACGAGGCCGAGGUGCUGGGCCUGCAGAACAAGCUCCUGGAGCUGAACUCAGAGAGGUGCCGGGACGCCCAGAGGGUGGGUGAGCUCUGCGCCAAGAACCAGCAGCUCAGGGAGCAGCAGAAGGUGCUGAAGGAGAACCUGCGUGUGCUGGAAAACAGGCUGCGGGCCGGCCUGUGCGACCGCUGCCUGGUCACCCAGGAGCUGGCCAGGAAGAAGCAGCAGGAGUUCGAGACCUCGCUCCUCCAGAGCCUGCGGCACCUCUUUGUCCUCACCAACGAGAUGAACCGGCUGCAGGAGGAGAACGGGGCCUUGAAGGAGGAGGUGAAGCGACUUCGGGGCGCGGGGUGAGCGGUCGGGGUAUGGGACAGGCCCAACCCCCCGGGUAGGGAGCGUGUCCCGAACCCCCCCUCGCCCCUGCUGCUCCCCUCCCCGGGCGCCUGGAAGGGCGUCACCGAGAAGCUGCCGGGAGGCCAGGAGGAGGCUCAGGACCACCCCCCAGAAGAGUCGGCGCUGCCCGGGGCGUCUCCCACGGCCAGGACCUCCCCCAGCGCGGGCCUGCCUGAGCCUCGGGCUGCGGAUGCGAGCCCCCAGCGCAUCUCCAACCAGCUGCACGGGACCGUUGCCCUGGUCCGGCCCGGCUCCUGGGCCUGCCCCGCCGACCGGGGCUCCAGCGAUGGGACGCCCCCACUGCCGCCCGCCAGGAGCACCCCCUCUUCGCCCCGCCUCGAGCACAGCCUCCCCCUGGACAGCUUCCUGCGGGCCUCCCAGUCCCCCGCUGGGGCCUCCGAAUCCCUGAAGCGCUCCGUCCAGGCCAACCACCUCUGCCUCUUGAAUUGCCACCUGUCCCUGAAGCUUCGGAGCCCCCACAGCAGCCCUGGGGCCCCAGCCUCAGCCCCCAGGGGUCCCCGGGGCCUGGGCCUGAAGGCCAGGGAGACGGAGGCCUGGGAGGAGCCCACAGGCCCCCAGGUGGACAGGCGAGACCCACGGCUAGAGGGGCCGCUGCACCUGCUCCUGGCCCAGCAGCUGCGGGAGCAGCUGGGCAGCGCCAGGCUGAGGGGCCCGCCCACACCAGGAGGGACGCCGCCCUCCCCGCCCACUGGCUCCGACUCAGAGGGCCCCAAGGGGCAGGGGGCCAGGAUAGGCCUGCGCAGCCCCAGGGGAGAGGAGGCCACAGGGGACUAUAUCCCAGACAAGCCCCUGGACCUCUCGGAGUGGGGCCGGGGCCGGGAUGCCCCCAAGCCGACUGUCAGGCCGGGGUCGCGCACCCCCGCAGCUCAUGCUCCCAGCCCCAAGCCCCUCCUGGGAGGCGAGCCACCCGCCCUGACGCGCAGCCCCUGGGCACUCAGCGGUGGCGCCCAGGGAGCCAGGGCGCCGGAGCCGGAGGAGCCGCCCGCUGCCAAGGACCCCACAUAUGCCCUCCCGGCGCCCCGCCCCAGCCUGCCUUCCCCAGGUGGGCCUGGAGAGCCCUGUGAAGCUGAUGGCCAGUGGCUGGACUCCUACACUUCGGACAGUGAGGUGGGCCUGAGCCCCCCGCGGAGCCUGCUAGGGGAGGAGCCCAGGUGCUUCUGUGGCCAGGAGCGUGGGCCGGGCCAGCAGCGGAAGAGGAAGUGGGCCUCAGAGCCCUGGACUGCAGCCUCUGAGAAGCCGCGCCCCGGGAGGAGGAACCCCAGGGAGCCCCCAGCAGGGGACCGGGGGCCCAGGAGCCCAAGGGAGCCUGUGGACGGCAGCCACUCACUGGACAGCAGCAGCUGCGAGGAGGCCUAG